CAGGCAAAUGUGCAAUACCGGAAUGUCUGUGCCCGCUGCCGAUGAUGCUGUUCCAAGUACCUCCCAGAUUCCUGCUUCAGAACAAGAGACCCUGGUUAGACCAAAACCAUUGCUUUUGAAGUUGUUAAAAUCUGUUGGUGCACAAAAAGACACCUAUACUAUGAAAGAGGUUCUAUUUUAUCUAGGCCAAUAUAUUAUGUCUAAGCGAUUAUAUGAUGAAAAACAACAACAUAUGGUAUAUUGUUCAAAUGAUCUUCUAGGGGAUCUGUUUGGUGAGCCAAGCUUCUCUGUAAAAGACCACAGGAAAAUCUAUACAAUGAUCUACAGAAAUUUGAUAGUAGUCAAUCAGCAGGAACCAUUGGAUUCUGGCACGUCUGUGAGUGAAAAUAGGUGUCAUCUUGAAGACAGGAGUGAUCAAAAGGACUCUGUGCAAGAGUUACAGGAAGAGAAACCAUCAUCUUCCAAUUUGAUUUCUAGACCAACUACCUCAUCUAGGAGGAGAGCAAGAAGUGAGACAGAACUAAAUUCAAAUGAACUGUCCAGUGAAGUACAAAGAAAACGGCACAGAUCUGACAAUGUUUCCCUUUCCUUCGAUGAAAGUGUCGCACUGUGUGUCAUAAGGGAGAUAUGUUGUGAAAGAAGCAGCAGCAGUGAGUCAACAGAAACGCCAUCAAAUCCGGAUCUUGAUGCUGGUGAAGGUGAACAUUCUACUAAUUGGUUAGAGCAGGAAUCAGUUUCAGAUCAAUUCAGUGUAGAAUUUGAAGUUGAAUCUAUUGAUUCAGAAGAUUAUAACCUUAGUGAAGAAGGACAGGAACUCUCGGAUGAAGAUGAUGAGGUUUAUCGAGUUACUGUGUAUCAAGCAGAAGAGAGUGAUACAGAUUCAUUUGAAGAUGACCCUGAAAUUUCUUUAGCUGACUAUUGGAAAUGUACUUCAUGCAGUGAAAUGAAUCCCCCUCUCCCACCACAUUGUAAUAGAUGUUGGGCACUUCGUGAGAAUUGGUUUAAUGAAGAUAAAAGGAAAGACAAAGAGGAAAUGCUUGAGAGCAACAAACUAGAAAGCACAGCACAGGAAGAAGAAGGUUUUGAUGUUCCUGAUUGUAAAAAGACUACAGUGACUGACUCCAAA